UUGAGGAUUGCACUCGAAACUGCAAGGGCCAUUGCAUAUCUACACUCCGCUGCUACAAUAUCAGUUUACCAUAGAGAUAUCAAAAGUGCAAAUAUACUACUUACUGAUACCUUGACAUCAAAACUGUCAGAUUUUGGAGCUUCAAGGUCGAUUGAAUUAGAUGAGACGGGAAUACUUACAGCUGUCCAGGGAACCUAUGGCUACCUUGAUCCUGAAUACUACUAUACUGGUCGGCUCACAGAGAAAAGCGAUGUUUAUAGCUUUGGUGUCAUCCUAGCAGAGUUACUAACAAGGGUGACGCCAGUUUUUUCUUCCCAUUCCUCAGAAGGCAAGAGCCUAGCAUCACAUGUUGUAUCACUCAUAAGAGACAAUCGAUUCUUAGAUAUUCUAGAUGGACAAAUUGUUGAGGAAGGAGGGACUGAAGAUGCUGAAGUGGUCUCAAGACUCGUGGAAGCAUGCUUAAGUUUGAAAGGUGAAGAAAGGCCUACAAUGAGGCAGGUGGAGACAAUACUUCAAGAUGUGCAAAGCUCAAAGGCCCAUUACAAUGGCCAGACAAUAAGCGUGAGCCAGAGUGCUCUAAAAGGCCAGCCAUGGAACAAAAACAAAGGAGGUGAAGGAACUAGAAUAUACAGCAUGGAGAAUGAGUUCAUCCAAUCAUCGGAAAUUCCAAGAUGA